AUGUCAUCGCAGAAAGCGUGGGCAAUCGUUGCCGGUGUCGGCCCUGGCACAGGUGCCUCGGUCGCUCGUCGAUUCGCACAGAACUAUGCGGUCGCCCUCCUCGCUCGGAAACCGGCAAACUAUGAACCCGUGGUCAAUGAGAUCAAUGCCGCUGGUGGCAAGGCAAUUGGCAUCAGCACCGAUACUUCGGACAGUAAAAGUGUCAAGGCUGCCUUUGAGCAGCUGCAGAAAGAGAUGGGAGGCGCGUCGCUUGCAGCCGCAAUCUACAAUGUGGGCGGCCGGUUUGUGAGGAAGCCGUUCCUGGAACUGACCGAGGAAGAAUUUGAGAGUGGAUGGGAAGCCAACGGGCGAGGAUCAUUCCACUUCUCCCAGGCCGUCCUUCCCCUUCUACUGAAGAACACAUCCGCAGAACACCCACCGACCCUCAUUUUUACUUCUGCAACGGCAGCCAUGAAGGGCUCCGCUUUGUGCGCGUCCUUUGCAGCUGGGAAAUUUGCGAUGAGGGCCGUGGCGCAAUCGCUGGCAAGAGAGUUUGGGCCCAAGGGUGUGCAUGUGGUUCACGCUAUCAUUGAUGGUGUGAUAGAUAUCGAGCGGACCAAGGAAUGGAAGUUCGACCAUCCCGAAGCUAAGAUCAAACCAGAAGCCAUCGCCGACUCGUAUUGGUACCUGCAUACCCAGCCUAGGACUUGUUUUACGAACGAAAUCGACAUAAGGCCUGCGGUCGAGAAAUGGUGA